AUGCAACACAUGGACGGAACGACAUACAAGGGUAGCGAAAGUGUACUCACACUGUCGAACCUAGAGUCUGAUCACCUUCUACCUGACGACGAUAUGGAUGGAGAAGACGACUUCUUCGUUGAAGCAGCGCGACAAGCGCUGGAAAAAGGACGCCUCACAUUCAAUGGAAACGAUUAUGAAGGCGCUGCGGCCUACCUGCGUGAAGCGCUGACCAUGACCAAAGACCUCACAGAGAAGCAGCAAGCGCUAUGCAAUACCUGGGACCUGCGACGAAUGCUUGGAGUCUGUGCGUUCCACACCGACGAUCCCGCUGAGGCUGAGGCAGCCCUCCUGAGUGUGCUUGGCAAUGCUCCAAAGAACGCCAUACUGGACGAUGAUAGGCGACUGCAGAUCAGCGAGAUUGCACAUUUUCUGGGUCAGACCUAUAUCAGACUUGGUGACUUGGACAAAGCUUACCGCUAUGGAGAAUACGCCUUACGCGGUAGACGCAGAGUACUUGGCAAGUCUCACGAGCAAAGCUACGAGUCUUUGGCACUUAUGGCUCGUAUGCUAGAACUUCAAGGCAACAACAUCCGAGCAGAGUUCUUUGAAGGCAUGAUCCCAGAGGAAGAAAGAAAGAACUACUUGCCACGUUUUGAAAGGCUCAGUCCAGCGCAGAUCUCACGAGCGGACUCCAAACUUGGCAACCACUCUCCCGUCACGCCACUGGAAAAGUCUUUGGACUCUGCACUUGAAGCAGUUUCUUUCUCUACACCAGAACUUUCUCGACAAGAGCAUGCCAGAUCUUCAAGCGCCCUCAGCGGAUCGAUCAGUGCAGCCGCAAGUGAUGCCGGCGAACGUGGCACGUGGCGCUGUGUCAGUCCAGAUGCAGAUGCUGGGUCUUUCAAAGCAUCUCGAAGCGUACCCGUGCUGGUGACGAAAGUAUCAGGAGAGAUUGCAAGGGGCCAUCCAAAUCGUCACUACCAGGUGUUCCCGAAUGCAAGUCAGAGUGCCGCACGUGGAAGACCUCUCCAACUCCGAUCCUUCUCUGAUCGAGCAAUUUAUUCCUCAAUUCCAGUGCUGACUUCACCAGCCACGCCACAGGCAUAUCUCGGAGUAGACCCGCAUCAAGGUCCUGUCACUUUUCAAGAAGGGCAAGGUGCCCGUCACAUCUCUGGCAGAGCAGAUCUACCAUCCGCACACGCGCACCAAGCACACACUUCGUCCGUUCCAGCCGCACCAGGACUUUACCCGCAACCAUUGCGACUACGCCGCACAGCUUUCGUACACGAGCUGCCAGGCGACAGGCACUUCAGUGUGGCUCCGGGCUCGCCUCACACUGUACCUCUGCCAUGCUCACCGGUACGACAUACACCAUCAGUGUCACCAGGCCAGGUCAAGCUUGCUGCUAUAUCACAAGAUCAAGCAUAUGCACAUCUUAUGCCGCAGCAUCCGUCUGAUCGACGAAGUACGAGUGAAUACACACGCUCGACGUACUCACACGGUCAUUCCAUCGAUGUCCGCUCUAGUGAAUACUCACGCUCAUCCUGUUCGCGAAGUCAAUCUAUGGAUAUCCUCCCUGAUACGAUACAGCCGGAAAGCAUCAUGGAAAGAAAGCCUACAGAGCGUCCGAAGACGAGAAAGACAUCAUCACUGUUCAAGAUGUUCCGAACCAAGAGUGCCACAACAGAGUCCAGCAGUAGCUCGAUCAAAAGUAGCACGCUUGCAAUGCGCGAAUACACCGUCCGACUAUCCUACCAUGACAUGAGCACAAUCAAGAGCGAAGCCAUCACCGAGAACGUCAUCGAAUUCUGGCAAGAACACCUCGAAUACGACCUGAUCCAAGGCAACACCAAAUACGUCCUAAUGCGCCCGGUACGGUGCUACUUCCUCAUCAACGACUCCGAAAUCACCCCAGCCAUGAAAGCAACCCUUCCCGACUUCCAAAGCACAAUCCACGUCCUCAUCCCCCUCCGCUCGCACGCCGGCCAUUGGUCAUUCCUCCUCAUCUCUUCGCAAGACCAACUAGCCUGCCACUACGACCCUCACACGAACCGAAACCACGCGCUCGCAGAACGUGUCACGAAGCGGAUCUCUAGCUUUCUGGACAAGCCGUUGAAGUUCUUGGAUGUUCCAGAUACGCCGCAGCAGCCGCAUGAUAAGGAUUCCGGGAUUUUUGUGUGCCUUUUCAUGCAGCAGCUUAUUACGAAGUUGCAGAGUACGCAUGAAUCGCAGAAGGUUGAGGCGGGCUUGAUGGGUAAGGCUGUGGAGGUUAAGGCGGCGAGGAAGGGGAUUUAUAAGAUUGCCAAGGCGGCGAAUCCGCCGAUUGCUGGGCUUGGGGAGUGA